CUGUUUGCUUCCAUUCAAUUUGAAUGAAAUUUAAAAACUGUGCUAUCAUUCAUUUGGCAGUAACGGCACAAAUUAAUGGUUUCCUUUUUUUUUUUUCUUUUAAGAACACAAAAAAUCCACUUAACCACUUAACCAUUUUACUCACGACUGUGAAGAUUUUCUGGGUGUAUUUUUUUGGUAGGAUUUACAAGGGUACUUUCAAAAUUCACAUUUCCUCCCUUUUCCUCCCUUCCAACCAUGGCGGAAAUCCACCACCCUGCACCACCACCACCCUAUGACAUCAUCGUACUCGGCGCAUCAGGCUUCACAGGUAAAUACGUCCUCAAAGAAUCUCUAAAAUUCCUCAACUCAUCCUCUUCCCCUCUCAAAACCCUUGCAAUCGCCGGUCGAAACCCCACAAAACUCGCCCAAUCUCUCAUCUGGGCUACCCACCCAACCCCACCUCCCGACAUCUCCAUCCUAACCGCUGAUACUUCCGACUUCUCUUCUCUCCUCCACAUCGCUUCCCUCACCCGACUUGUUCUCAACUGUGUCGGCCCCUUCCGCCUCCACGGGGACCCUGUCGUUCGAGCGUGCCUCGACGCGGGGACCGAUUACUUGGAUAUUUGCGGGGAACCUGAGUUUAUGGAGAAGAUGGAGGCUCGGUAUCAUGAUCAAGCGUUUGAUAAGGGUUGUUUGGUGGUUUCUGCUUGUGGGUUUGAUUCUGUUCCUGCUGAGCUUGGAUUGCUGUUCAAUUCUCGUCAAUGGGUUUCGCCUUCGGUGCCGAAUUCGGUAGAGGCGUACUUGAGCUUGGAGAGUGACAAGAGGAUUGUGGGUAAUUUUGCUACUUAUGAGUCAGCGGUUCUUGGGGUUGCGAAUGCAGAUGUGCUUCGGCAGUUGAGGAGGUCUCGUCCUACAAGGGCUCGUCCUCAGAUGUCAAUCUGGUGGAGUAUGAAUUCGGAAGUAAUCAGUUGCGGAGUAUUUUGUGUUUCUAUGAUGGGGGGAAAAUGUAUUCCAGGUCCUGCUCCUAAAGGACCAACAAUUGAACAACAUAAAGAGCUUGGCCUCUGGGCUGUGCGGCUACCUUCAGCAGAUUCUUCCGUUGUACGAAGAACCCUUUCAAUAUUAGCAGAAAAUUCUAGGGGUCUCGUUGGGGUUAAUGAGAGUGCUGAUCAUGUUGUUAAGAGAGAAGCAUUUUGGUCGACUGUGAAGCCAGCUCAUUUCGGGGUGAAAAUUGGCACCAAAUCAUUUCUAGGCGUCUUAACAUUUAUCAUUGUGGGUGUGCUUAUCGGGCUCUUAGGUAAAUUUUCCGUCGGAAGGUGGCUGCUUCUGAAAUUCCCCUCAGUUUUCAGUCUUGGGGGGUUCAGGAAGAAGGGGCCCACUGAAGCAGAGGUUAGUAGUGCAAGCUUCAAAAUGUGGUUUGUUUGUCACGGCUUUAGCAACAACAGUACUUCAUCCCAAGGAAACAAGAAUCCUGAUACUGAAAUAAUCACUAGAGUAAUGGGGCCAGAGAUUGGUUAUAUAUCCACCCCAAUUAUUUUGGUUCAGUGUGCUCUUAUCACUCUUAGUCAAAGAGAAAACCUGCCUAAAGGAGGUGUUCUUACACCUGGCAUUGUGUUUGGACCAACUGAUCUUCAAGAACGGCUUCAACAGAAUGGGAUAUCGUUUGAUCUGAUAUCUAAACGUGCUUUGUCUUCCUAAGAAAGUGCGUCCGUAUCAAGAUAACAGAAUGGUCACUGUGAUUUCUGUCUUCCUCAACUAAUGUAACAGAAAGUUUCAGAAUGUUUUACAAGUUAGUUUUUACACAUAUAUGUGCAGCAUAGAGGGGUGUAGUUACCUAUUUUUGACCCAAAUGGAAUCAACGGUCCAAUUGGGAAGAUCGGUGGUAGACUUGCUAGAACCUUGCCAUUUUGAAGAGCUGAGAUAGAUUCAGGUUCAAAGAAGUCAAAGGUGUUGAUUACUAUGCCCUUGGCUUCGUGAAGAUGCUUACAAUUUGUCUCUAUUAGUCGAGUAAAUAUAUGGUCUGGAUUAGAAAAUAUAGGAGGAAUAUCAUCUCCUAAUAUCGGAGAUAAACCUGGGAUCUCAACAAUAUCACCUCUUUUACCUCUCUGGUAAGGAAGAGUAGCCAUGAAUGAGAAGAACCUUGCAGAAGAGGUAAUGAUGGUGUAGUUGAGGAUACCAAGGUCGGUGAGUGGCUUGUUGAUACCUGAGGCGAACAUCAAGUCAGAGAACACGGCAGAGGGUGGUGGAGAGAGUGUGGAGAGGUGGUGAACAAGGAGGUGUGCUGAUCGAGAGAUAGCGUCGUAUUGGAGGAGAAAUGGGUCGUUGGUGUUGGGGCCGUCUGAUGAAUGUUCACAAGGAAGAGUUUGGAAUUCCGAGGUGUUAACGUGGGGAUGUGUGCAUAAGAAGGUGUUGAUUUGGUUGGCUUCGGCGGAAGAAAGAGUGGGGCGGAUAAUUACUAGUGUGAUCCUGCAAGAGUCGAAGGAAGUUGAUGCUGCUGCUAGCAUCGACGCCAGCCGAAGGAAUGGGGUUAAGUGUCCGAUGCCUGCGCUUGGGCAAACAACUAAAUGUGGCGGGUUAGUGGGUGGUGAAUCCAUUGAUAUGGUUUUGGUUGAUCUUAAGCAGAGUCGAAUCAGGAGAGAGAAUGAGUUCGGUGAAUUGUGUGGUAGAUUUGAUCAAUGGUUUUAAAGAAUAAGGUUGUGAUGGAAUAUGAGGCACGACACCUUGGAUCAAUGCCUUAAAUUAAUGUAUUUGUCAAUAUAUUGGUAGAAAAAACAGUGGUUCAAUAAUGGUGUGCCAUCAGAAUAUGUAUUUUACUACUUUGAACAUAAAUAAAUCAAAUACACACUUCAUAUAUAA